CUCUGUCAGCCGAGCAUGGCCCCGGCUGCAGGACAACCCCGCUGGCGCCGCCGUCCUGCCGGGGCCGGAGUUGGGGGGAUGUCCUUGGCCUUCCCUGUGGGCCGGAGGCAAAUCCCCUGCCUGUCCUUCUUGCUUCCUGCCCCAGGCCCCGAGCUGAGGACGGAGAGCCCGGAGGACAAAUCCCCCCGUGAGACCCUGGUGGGAGAGGCCGUUUUGAAGGGCUCCCCGGCGCAGGAAGGCAGCGGGGAGGAAAAGGGCCGGAGAUCCCCCCGCAGGAGGGGCUCCAAAGCCAUCCCAGGGUGCUCUGAGGAGGAAAGAGCCAGCCUGUGCCGGGAAGGCGGCCGGAGCUUGAGGGGGAGUUCUGACUUGGUGGUCCCUGAUCAGCCUCCCAGCAGGGAGAAGCCCUUCAGAUGCCUGGAAUGUGGGAAGAGCUUCAGGAAGAGCUCCCACCUGCUCCGACACCAACACAUUCACACUGGGGAACGGCCCUACACGUGUGGGGAAUGCGGGAAGAGCUUCAGGAGCAGCUCUCACCUGAUCCGGCACAAGCAAAUUCACACUGGAGAACGACCCUACCUGUGUGGGGAAUGUGGGAAGAGCUUCAACCGAAGCUCCCACCUGAUCCGGCACCAACGCAUCCACACUAGGGAACAGCCCAGGAAAGGGAAACCCUUCCAGUGCUUGGAAUGUGGGAAGAGCUUCAGGACAAGCACUGAACUAAUCCAACACCAGCACAUCCACACUGGAGAACAUCCCUACAUGUGUGGGGAAUGUGGAAAGAGCUUCAGGCACAGCUCCAGCCUGAUCCGACACCACCAUAUCCACACUGGGGAAUGGCCAUACACAUGUGGGGAAUGUGGGAAGGGCUUCAGGAAGAGCUCCUGCCUCCUCUCCCACCAGCUCAUUCACACUGGGGAGUGUCCCUACACAUGUGGGGAGUGUGGGAAGAGCUUCAACCAUCGCUCCACCCUAUUCACCCACCGGCUCAUCCACACUGGGGAACGGCCCUACACGUGUGGGGAAUGUGGGAAGAGCUUCUACCAGAGCUCCACCCUCCACAUCCACCAGCGCAUCCACACUGGAGAACGGCCCUACAAGUGCUUGGAAUGUGGGAAGAGGUUUCAGACCAGCUCAAGUCUCCUCAGACAUGAGCGGACGCACAGGGAUGAGAGGCCCUUCCGCUGCACCGACUGUGGGAAGGGCUUCAAGCACAACUCCACCCUCGUCAGGCACCGGCGCAUCCACACCGGCGAGAGGCCCUACAAGUGUGGGGAGUGUGGGAAGAGCUUCACCCAGAGCUGUCACUUGACCAAACACCAACGGACCCACCACAGAGAAAAGCCCUUCAGAUGCUUGGAAUGUGGAAAGAGCUUCAGGCAGAGCUGUGACCUCCUCAAGCACCAGCACAUCCACACUGGGGAACGACCCUACUCAUGUGGGGAAUGUGGGAAGAGCUUCAGGGACAGCUCCACCCUCCGCACCCACCAACGCAUCCACACUGGGGAACGGCCCUACAAGUGUGGGGAGUGUGGGAAGAGGUUUCGGACCAGCUCAGAUCUCAUCGUGCACCAGCGGACGCACACGGAUGAGAGGCCCUUCCGCUGCACCGACUGUGGGAAGGGCUUCAAGCAGAACUCCCACCUUGUCACCCACCGGCGCAUCCACACCGGGGAGAGGCCCUACAAGUGUGGGAAGAGCUUUAGCCACAGCUCCCACCUGAUCCGGCACAAGCACAUCCACACAGAAGAACAGCUCGAAGAAGGGGUGGGAAAGGGGGGGUUUUAUGGACACAAGACGCCCAGUGAGUUCUAG